UAAUGGGAUUUACAAACUUUAUGAUAUGUAAAUAACUAUUUUAGAGAUGACCUGAUUUAUAAAUAAUUGAGGUUGUUUAGUUUGUUAUUUAUAUAUAAUAACUCUAUGGUAAAAGAUUAUUUACAAAUCAGGACGUACCUAAAAUAAUUAUUUACAUAUCAACGGACAAGUUCUUGUGUCUUACUUAUAAACAAAUUUUGUGGCGUUUCCAAUUAUUUAUAAAUAAGGGGGAAAUGGCAUAAAUUCGGUCUAAAUAAUAAAUUUACAAACGGCGCCCCAUAUUCCCAGGUGUGCCACACUACCUUCGAGCGAGUGCACUUUACAAUUUAUGCCUUAGCCUCCCCUCCCUUGGUACAGUAAUAUUUGCUCUUUGUCUCGCUGAGCCGUCUGGUUUUCUGGGAAACUGAUUCACACUCGAUUGUCAAACAUUUCAAAUAACAUGUUUCUGCGUUCACGCGAAUCUCUAACCCGAGAAAUCGUGCAAAAGUUUGAAUCUGUAAAGGAAAGUGAGGCGACAGCGAGAAAGAAGAGGAGAUGGUGCGAAAGCUUAGAGGAAAACAUACAGGAAAUGUUCCCGACUCGACAACUCGUUCUGGUGGGUUCGUCAACAAACGGCUUUGCCAUCGAAGGAUCUGAUGUGGACAUGACGCUUAUAAGAACAGAAAGAAUGACGCAUUAUGGAUUUAUGGACAGUGGGGUUCAAGUUCUCAGGCGAAUUCGGGAUGCACUGAGGAGAAGAUUGUUUAUUGACACAGAGCUGAUCGAUGGUGCAGUUGUUCCUAUAUUGAAACUCAAUGACCGGAGUGAAAGACUAGAGGGAGAUAUCAGUGUUGACAUCCAGAAUUCUAUAUUCAACACGUACUUGCAGAAGUGUUAUGGUGAAAUGGACCCCAGGGUCACUCCCCUGGUAGUGAUCGUGAAGUACUGGGCCAAAAUGUCGGGAAUCACUGGUGCGCAUGACCACAAGCUAUCGGGUUUCGCCAUCGUACUGUUGGUUAUUUAUUACUUACAGAGAGGUUGCAGUCCACCUGUCCUUCCAUCUUUACAAAGUUCCAGCCCAACCCACUUCAGCACAUCGACCAGUGCCAGCGCUACCGCAGAUAAGCUGACCAGCGGUUCCCUUCCAUCAGUCGUUACUUCAUAUACGUCAUCUAAUACGGAUUCCCUUGGAAGCCUUUUUGUCGGUUUUUUUAAUUUUUACACCGACUUUGAUUGGUAUAAAGUGUUAUCGGUUCGUCUGGCCGGCACCAAAACUGUGCCCUAUGAUAAAAAGUGGACCCGCCCUAAAAUUCGCAUCGAAGACCCGUUCGAUGGGAAAAAUGUCACACGCGCUGUGUACAAAGAUGAACAGUUCUGGGCUAUAAAACAGGCUUUCAAAACAGCCAAACAAAGGCUAGCGUAUGUGCAUUGUCGUUUAGCUGAGAUUCUUUAACGCUAUGAACUUGAUAAACGUACUGUUAAACUCUGGAACAGUACAACAUUAUGGCUCUUUUCAGGCCAUAAAUAUUGGAUGUGUAAAGACUUUAUAGGAACAAAGAGCGGUGUCUUUUCGUCAUGUUCGUGCCGUUCUGUAACUGUUUGAAGCUUGGAUCUCAUGAUCAUAAAACUACUUUACUUUGUUUUCUUUUAUUAUUUCUCCCAUCCAUUAUACUUUUUUCAUAGAAGCGUUUUUUUGUGUGGUGUUGUUAACUUCACCUCUUCCAAUGUAAACUAAUAUAACUUGCACACUAGUUUACAUGGGCCACUAAGUAAUACAUUUAUUAACGAAGCAGAGAAGUUUAGCUAGUUUUUCAGUUUUUAUUCUGAACACACAAAAAACUAAUCCAUACACAUAAAGAAUUACUAAAGUUAACACCACAUGCCACACUACUUUUAAGUAAUUAAAAUUACAAUAAAAUACAAUAAAAUUAUGAUAAAAUACAAUCCAGGCAAUAAAAACAUGCCAGUUGGCUUUUUGCCUUAUCUACUUCUUAUGUAUUUAGCUAGUAUAAUUAGAAAGAAAGACUGGAAAAAGACUACUAAACUGCGAAAAAAGAGCUUAGGAACUGAGAACAGUACCAAAAUAACGACAAGGAAAGAAAGAUGAUAAA